CCCAUCAUCAUCACUCUCUCCACCAUCUCCUCCCAGCAACCUGCAUUUUCUCCUUCCUUACUUUUUGCUGCCCCCCUAAUCUCCUAUACUAUACUCUCCUCUGCUUUCAUUUCCCACAUUCCAUUCCUCUCUUUAUUAUACACCUUCUUUCAACUACUUCUCUUUACUCACACACUCUCUCUCUCUCUUUUGCUCUCAUCUCAUGGAUGCUACACUUGGUUUACUUGGUGGUGGUGGUGGUGGCAGUGUUGGUGGUUCUUCUGGGGCUUCUACAAAUGAGUCCACUGUGUCAAAAGUGGAGCAAGACUUUGUUGCCAUGUCUUCUGAGGCAUCUUCAUACCCACCUGAGGCUGAGCUUGAGUUGGGUCUUGGUCUCAGCCUUGGUAGUGGUGGUGCUAUGAAGGCUAAAAAGGGUUGUGCAUGGGGUGAGCGUGGUCGAAUCUUGACUGCCAAAGACUUCCCUUCUGUUGUCUCUCAUGCUUCUCGUUUCUCUGACAGAGCUAAUCCUGUUGCUUCUGUUGGUGCUGUUUCUGGAACCAAGAGAGCUGCUGACUCUGUUUCUCAAGAGGGUACUGGAUCUCCUCCUGGUGCCAGCAGUCAGGUUGUGGGAUGGCCACCCAUAAGGGCUUAUAGAAUGAACAGCUUAGUUAAUCAAGCAAAGAGUCAAAGGGCUGAAGAAGAGAAGGAGAUUGAUGAAACAGACAAGUCCAAUGAUCCUUCAAAGAAGAAAAUUUAUACCAAGACUGAUACUGCGGCUAAGGAAAAAGGCCAACUUGGAUUUGUGAAGGUAAAUAUGGAUGGAGUUCCGAUAGGAAGGAAGGUUGAUUUGAAUGCUCAUUCAUGCUAUGAUUCUUUAGCCCAAAUGCUGGAAGACAUGUUUUUUAGAUCCACCACAACUGUCAAUUCAAGGGGUGGAGAGAAGGAACAAGUAACUCAGCCCUCUAAGCUUUUGGAUAGUUCAUCUGAAUUUGUGCUUACCUAUGAAGAUAAAGAGGGCGACUGGAUGCUUGUGGGAGAUGUUCCAUGGGGGAUGUUCCUCACCUCUGUGAAACGGCUUCGAAUCAUGAGAACCUCUGAGGCUAAUGGACUUGGAACAAGAUUUCAAGAAAGGAAUGAGAGACAAAGAAGCAAGCCCAUAUAAUAUCAAGGGCUGUCUGAUAAUUUUAAAUUUGGUCAGAUGAAGAAAGCCCACAGUUUGACUACAGAAGUUAAAGGAAAGUAGAAAAAAAAAAAGUUGAUGAGACAGAGUGUUUUGUUAAAGAUUGUUCUUCCACUGGUUUUACCCUGCUUUUUUUUGUAUACUCAACCAGUCUCUGGUUCUUGCUGCCUUUUUGUUCUUUUAGGCCAUUUGAUUUUAGAUCUUUUACAGCCCUUUAUAUAAUGCUACCAUACAGGCCUGCCUACUUGGCUGAUUGCUGCUUCACCGUAUUGUAAAUAUGGGAGUACUUGAUAUCUAGAGUGUUGAGUUUGCUGCAAUCUAGUGGACUCAGUUUUUACUUGGUGAUGAAAGAAAAACUUGUGUGGUGUUGAUUUCAAAAAGUUUAUGGUUGUGUUGGUUGGCCA